GUCGAAGGUUUCUCUUUCUUCUUCAUUGUUCGAUUUUGGCCUCUCUUCUCUCUCUCUCUUCUCUUCUCUAUGUUAAAAUUCCAAAAGCUCGUUAGAGAAAUCUAGAAGCUUCCUCGAAGCCCUCGCGAUAGACAGUGGAACUCAAAUUUCCCUGGGGACAAAGAAGAAGGAGAAGAACAAGAUGAGUUCAUGGAACUACGUUGUUACGGCUCACAAACCGACCAGUGUGACUCACUCUUGCGUUGGCAACUUCACCAGUCCUCAAGAGCUUAAUCUCAUUGUAGCGAAAUGUACUCGAAUUGAGAUUCAUUUGCUUACCCCGCAGGGACUUCAGCCUAUGCUGGAUGUUCCUAUAUAUGGAAGAAUCGCUACUCUGGAGUUGUUCCGGCCACAUGGCGAAGCGCAAGACUUUUUGUUCAUUGCAACUGAGAGAUACAAAUUCUGUGUUCUUCAAUGGGAUGCUGAGUCCUCUGAGCUUAUUACAAGAGCAAUGGGGGAUGUUUCUGAUCGUAUAGGCCGACCAACAGACAAUGGUCAGAUUGGCAUAAUUGAUCCAGAUUGUAGAUUAAUUGGACUCCAUCUGUAUGACGGCUUGUUCAAGGUUAUUCCUUUUGAUAACAAGGGACAGCUCAAGGAAGCUUUUAAUAUCAGGCUAGAGGAAUUGCAGGUUCUGGAUAUCAAGUUUCUGUUUGGAUGUGCAAAGCCUACAAUUGCAGUACUUUAUCAGGACAACAAAGAUGCUCGUCAUGUCAAAACAUAUGAGGUAUCUCUAAAAGAUAAGGAUUUUGUCGAGGGUCCAUGGUCACAGAAUAAUCUCGACAAUGGUGCUGAUCUACUGAUUCCUGUACCACCACCUCUCUGUGGCGUCCUUAUUAUCGGCGAAGAAACAAUUGUCUAUUGUAGUGCUAAUGCAUUCAAAGCAAUACCAAUAAGACCUUCUAUCACUAAAGCAUAUGGAAGAGUUGAUGUUGAUGGCUCUAGGUAUCUUCUUGGUGACCAUGCUGGACUGAUUCAUCUGCUUGUUAUAACACACGAGAAAGAAAAGGUCACUGGCCUCAAAAUUGAGCUUUUGGGUGAAACGUCUAUUGCAUCGACUAUAUCAUACCUUGACAAUGCCGUUGUCUUUGUUGGCUCAAGCUAUGGCGAUUCUCAGCUAGUAAAGCUUAAUUUACAUCCUGAUGCAAAAGGCUCAUAUGUAGAAGUCUUGGAAAGGUAUAUCAACUUGGGGCCUAUUGUGGACUUUUGUGUGGUUGAUCUCGAGAGACAGGGGCAAGGUCAGGUUGUAACUUGUUCUGGAGCAUUUAAGGAUGGUUCUCUUCGCGUAGUUCGCAAUGGGAUUGGAAUCAAUGAACAGGUUUGUUUUAUGUCGAGAAAUCUUUAUGUCUUGUAUGCACAAUUUUCUCAUCUGGUACUUAUCUUAAAAUACGUUGUAUUACAGGCCUCUGUGGAACUUCAAGGUAUCAAAGGAAUGUGGUCAUUGAAAUCUUCAAUUGAUGAAGCCUUCGACACAUUCCUUGUAGUUAGCUUUAUCAGUGAAACUCGUAUCUUAGCCAUGAAUCUUGAGGAUGAACUGGAAGAAACAGAGAUUGAGGGCUUCUUAUCUCAAGUGCAGACCUUAUUUUGCCAUGAUGCUGUGUACAAUCAACUUGUACAAGUUACCUCAAAUUCUGUUAGGCUAGUCAGUUCUACAACUAGAGAAUUACGGGACGAGUGGCAUGCCCCAGCUGGAUUCGCUGUUAAUGUUGCAACUGCAAAUGCCAGCCAGGUUCUUUUGGCGACCGGAGGUGGGCACUUGGUUUAUUUAGAAAUUGGAGACGGUAAAUUGACGGAAGUGCAACAUGCCCUUUUGGAGUAUGAAGUUUCCUGCCUUGAUAUAAAUCCUAUCGGCGAUAAUCCAAACUACAGUCAGCUAGCUUCAGUUGGGAUGUGGACAGAUAUAAGUGUGAGAAUCUUUUCGCUGCCCGAGUUGACUCUUAUUACAAAAGAGCAACUAGGAGGGGAGAUAAUUCCCCGAUCUGUUCUUCUUUGUGCAUUCGAAGGGAUAUCUUACCUGCUCUGUGCUCUUGGAGAUGGGCAUCUUUUGAACUUCCAGUUGGAUACAACUACUGGGCAGUUAAAAGACAGGAAAAAAGUAUCACUUGGGACUCAGCCAAUAACUCUGCGUACUUUUUCAUCAAAAAGUGCCACACAUGUCUUUGCUGCAUCUGAUAGACCAACCGUAAUCUAUAGCAGCAACAAGAAGCUGUUAUACAGUAAUGUCAAUCUUAAAGAAGUUAGUCAUAUGUGUCCUUUCAACUCUGCUGCUUUUCCCGACAGUUUAGCGAUUGCGAGGGAAGGUGAACUUACGAUUGGCACCAUUGAUGAUAUUCAGAAGCUUCACAUACGCACGAUUCCUCUUGGAGAGCAUGCUCGUCGAAUCUGCCAUCAGGAGCAGACACGUACAUUUGGUAUCUGCAGUUUGGGAAACCAGACAAAUGCCGAAGAAACUGAGAUGCACUUUGUCCGUCUUUUGGACGACCAAACUUUCGAGUUUAUUUCAACUUACCCCUUGGAUUCUUUCGAAUACGGUUGCUCCAUUCUGAGUUGCUCUUUCACCGACGAUAAAAAUGUCUAUUACUGUGUUGGAACCGCGUAUGUUUUACCGGAAGAAAAUGAACCAACUAAGGGAAGGAUAUUAGUAUUUAUAGUUGAAGAUGGGAGGUUGCAGCUUAUUGCUGAGAAAGAAACAAAAGGAGCUGUUUAUUCGCUCAAUGCCUUUAAUGGAAAACUUCUUGCUGCUAUUAAUCAGAAGAUUCAGUUGUACAAGUGGAUGCUGCGGGAUGAUGGCACUCGUGAACUGCAGUCUGAAUGCGGACAUCACGGUCACAUUUUAGCUCUCUAUGUCCAGACCCGUGGAGACUUUAUCGUUGUUGGUGAUCUCAUGAAAUCAAUCUCCUUAUUGUUAUACAAGCACGAGGAAGGUGCAAUCGAGGAGCGGGCUCGGGAUUACAAUGCGAAUUGGAUGUCAGCGGUUGAGAUACUUGAUGAUGAUAUUUACCUUGGUGCUGAGAACAAUUUCAAUCUGUUAACAGUGAAAAAGAACAGUGAAGGAGCUACUGAUGAAGAACGAGGGCGGUUAGAGGUAGUUGGAGAGUAUCACCUUGGGGAAUUUGUGAACAGAUUCCGCCAUGGAUCUCUAGUAAUGAGGCUACCUGAUUCAGAGAUUGGUCAGAUCCCAACAGUCAUCUUUGGUACAGUCAAUGGAGUGAUUGGAGUAAUAGCUUCACUUCCUCAAGAACAGUAUACUUUCUUGGAGAAGUUACAGUCAAGUUUGAGGAAAGUGAUUAAAGGAGUUGGCGGCUUAAGCCACGAGCAAUGGAGGUCGUUUAAUAACGAGAAAAGAACCGCAGAAGCGAGGAAUUUCUUGGAUGGUGACUUAAUCGAAUCGUUUCUGGAUCUGAGUAGGAACAAGAUGGAGGACAUAUCUAAAUCCAUGAAUGUUCAAGUGGAAGAGUUGUGUAAGAGAGUUGAAGAACUCACUAGGCUUCACUGAAUCAAAUCAACCGAUGAUGCCAAUAGGCUUUGUUCUAUUUAUUUAUUUUAUGCUUUCUUGAGUGAAAAGUCUUCUUCUGAUUUUGUUGUGUCAUCAGCUUUUGAAGUUGGAUUGAGUUGUUGGCUUUGUAAUAACUUGUGUUGGUUAAAAGUAUUGUCUUCUAAAUCGAACCUGGAAGCAAAUCGGACAGGACUGCGUUUUGGGUCGGAUCGUAAUAUAUAUUUAUAGACAGAUUUUAGUGUUUUU